AUGUUGUUGUUUUGCCGCAGGGUCAGUGCUAAUCGGAGUUCGCCUUUUAAGCGAUUUACUGCCAGAAAAUACAGAAAUAACAUCGUUGGCGACAAACCUUCACCGUUGUAAGGGUUCGCGAGGUGGACUGUAAUGAAAGGCAAAGAAAGGUCGCCGAUUAAAAAGCGCUCUCGGGCUUUGGAUGAUAUCCGAGAUAGGGGAGGAGGCCAUCCGCCCAGCAAGAAAAUGGGGGCUAUCUCGGUUUCCAGUGGGAGCAAUAAUGGAAAUAGCUCGACUAAAAGUGACGCAGGAUCUACGAGAAGGAGUUUGUUGGGCGAAAAGAGAGACAGGGAUUUUGACGGGCAUGUUUCCAGUAGAUCCGGCGUGAGUAACCAUAGCUAUCCCGGUGCUGUUGCUAGUGCUAUCGGUAAGAACCACAACCUGGGCUUGACUCUCGAUUUAGCCACGGCAAGGACUAGUAAUUCUCGCGGCGAGCGUGCUCUGCCUCCCCCCAACAACAACGAGAGUGAGUACAAAACUCUUAAAAUCAGUGAACUGGGAACUCAGUUGAGCGACGAAGACAUAGAAGACGGACUUUUUCACGAAUUCAAAAAAUUCGGUGACGUGAGUGUCAAAAUAAGCCGCAGCAACGACGAGAGAAUCGCGUUUGUCAACUUCAGAAAGCCCGAGGAUGCAAGAGCAGCUAAACACGCCCGGGGCAGGUUAGUACUUUACGACCGUCCUCUGAAAAUCGACGCAGUGUACAUCAACAGACGGAGAAGUCGCUCUCCAGUUGAGAGAGUUGACAGAGACCCCUAUGUUGGAGCCCCAGGUCACAGACACCUUCACACCCAGAGACCCCUCUCCCCAUCGGGGCUUGGAUACAGAGACUACAGACUACAGCAGCUGGCCCUUGGGCGCCUCCCUCCUCCCCCACUUCCCCCUUUGCCCAGAGACCUAGAGCGGGAGAGGGAGUUUGCCCUGUUUGAAGCCAGGUCGCGCCCAGGUCCAGCUUUCAUUGCAGAGAGAGCUGCUGCUUUCCGCGAGGAGGAUUUUAUCUCUCCCGAGGAUGACCAAAGAGCUAACAGGACGCUGUUUCUGGGCAACUUGGACAUCACAGUCACAGAGACGGACCUAAGGAGGGCGUUUGACAGGUUUGGGGUGAUAACAGAGGUGGAUAUAAAGCCCACACGGGGACAGACCAGCACAUAUGGAUUUCUGAAGUUUGAGAAUCUCGACAUGGCCCACCGCGCCAAACUCACCAUGUCUGGGAAGAUAGUGGGCCGCAACCCCAUAAAGAUUGGCUAUGGUAAGGCCACCCCCACCACACGCCUAUGGGUGGGCGGGCUCGGACCCUGGGUCCCCCUAGCAGCACUGGCCAGAGAGUUUGACCGCUUUGGUACAAUAAGGACCAUUGACUACAGAAAGGGGGACACCUGGGCCUAUAUCCAGUACGAGAGCCUUGACGCUGCUCAGGCUGCGUGCACGCACAUGCGUGGCUUCCCUCUGGGGGGGCCCGAGAGGAGACUCAGGGUGGACUUUGCAGACACAGAGCACCACUACCAGCAGCAGUUCCUUCAGCCUCUUCCUCUACCUCCCUUCGACAUGGUGGCAGAGUCUUUCAUCCACCGCGCCACAGCUGAGCCCCUGAGGGACAGAGAAAGGACUCCACCGCCGCUCCACUUCAGAGAGAGAGAGCUGGGCUUCCCCGGGGCUGAAUGGCCCCCCAACCCGGCUAUGCGUGAACGGGUACGUCCCGGGGCCUUUGAGCCGCCGGACCACCUGCAACGGGACCGGCGGAUGGGGGGGAGGGAGCCCUGGUCUCUGGAGCGAGAGCUGGUGGGGCGCGGCGGCGACCUGGGGCGUAAACGACGCCUCAUGGACGAUGGUCGCCAUCUUGACGUCUCUCCUGACAGCACCGACCGCACGGCACGCCGGCGCAGAGGUGGCCCAUCCCCAGACGGUAGCCCUGACGGAGGCCGUUUCAGUGACUCAGAGCGCCCCCCUCGCGGCGACGACAGACCCUCCCCUGGACGAGACCGCCGCCCCAGUCUGGAGCGUCCUGGCGGAGGGGACAGGAGACUGAAGAACCAGGGGAAUCUCGCCGAGAGAGGGGCCUCCAGCAGUGGCCUCGCAUCUUCAGCAGGGGAGCGGAAACGUAAAGCCGGCGACAGCAGCAGCAGAGGACCCGGAGCUAAGAGGGAUCGCUCCUCAGACCAGGGCGGCUCUAAAGGCAGUCAGUCAUCCAAGCUGAGCCUGGCCUGGCACGGCAUGUUGCUCCUGAAGAACAGCAACUUCCCCGCCAACAUGCACCUCCUGGAGGGCCACCAGGGCGUGGCCAAGGACCUCCUCGUCGACGGCCCCACGGGGAGACAGGUGGGAGAACUCAAGAUCACCCAGCGUCUCCGCCUCGACCAGCCCAAGCUCGAUGAGGUCUCCAGACGCAUCAAAGCGGCCGGCCCCGGCGGCUACGCGGUCCUCCUGGCAGUUCCUGGUCCCGGUGGCGAGGAGGUGUCGUCGACGGACCCUGCAGCUUCGACCCAGCGUCCUCUCCGCAAUCUGGUGUCCUACCUGAAACAGAAGCAGGCAGCCGGAGUCAUCAGCCUGCCGGUUGGAGGCAGCCGGGAUAAGGAUCACCAGGGUGUUCUCCACGCGUUCCCUCCCUGUGAGUUCUCCCAGCAGUUCGUUGAUGCCUCGGCUAAAGCUCUGGCCAAAACGGACGAGGACUAUCUGGUGAUGGUCGUAGUGCGGGGGCCAUCAUAACUACAAUCAGAGAGAGGAUGCAGGAAAACGGGACAUCAAUGAUAUUGUACAAAAGAAAAAAGAUGUCAUUAACUACUAUUGCAUGCUGAGUGUGGAGUUCUACUCCAUGGGGUACUACUAGAGGGUAGGGGUAUGAUGGGGGGGGGAUAGGCUGUGUCACUAUUUGUUCCAUCAAAAUAAAUAUGAAAUGCCGUCUUGAAAGUCAACAAAUGUGUAGGCACAUUUCGGAACCCCUGUUUUGUUAAGGGUGUGCUAAUUUCUAAACAACGUAUGCAGUAUUAUAAAAGGGGGCACAUUCUAGAAUUAAAGUGAAAAUCUUAACUUGAAAUGAGGUUAAAAUGGGACCCUUUUUUUCAUUUUCAUUUAGGAAAACUUGAACCAACCCCCCGGCUAUAUGUGAGAAGUUGAGACUCCACUCCCAACAUUUGGUCCAGUGUUUAGUGUUUGAUCGUAUUAUAUACAGGGCCUUCAGAAAGGAUUCACACCCUUCGACUUCUUCCACAUGUCGUUGUGUUUCAGCCUGAAUUUAAAAUAGAUGAAAUAUGAGUUUCUUCACCCGUCUACCCCAUAAUGACAAAGUCAAAACAUGUUUUUAGACAUUUUGGCAAAUUAAUUGAAAAUUAAAUACAGAA